AUGGAUGAGCCAGCUCAGAAGCAGUUUGUUGCAGACAACAUGGAUUCUGAUCUUCAAUUCGUUUUGGCGGAUUCUGGUGUUGGAGCUGGAACAUCAAGUGGCGAUCGCACGCCAUUAUGGGAGCUUGCGGAAGUUUAUGCGCCUUACGUGACACCAGGGCUGAGGUUCGAAGGGCUUGACACCCCGGAAGGUCGUGCGCAAUCGGCCUCAGUGGUUUCUUCUUGGGAGGUGGCCCAGGAGUACAUCGCGAAGGAGGUCGAGAUCCGAGCUGAGGCAAAGGUGCUUGGCCAACCCCGUGCACUGCAGGUGCACGAGCGUCAAGCAAUGUUGAAAGCAGUUGAACAGGUGUACGGCAUUUUGCAGGAAGCUGAAUCUCCUUCCGCUGAUUACCUUUCGGUCAAGGCAGAGGAAACGGAGUCAAACGAACCCAUCGCCGCACCAUUAGAUGAGGUGACUAGCAAGAAGGACUCGACGACAUCGGGCAUGCAGUACAGGGCUAAGGCUUGGCUGCAUGGUUUGACACCUGAUCCCUUCAACCGUUUUGUUGACUUUAUCCUCGGGGAUCGUGUUUACAAUAUCCAGGUGCCUUCGCUCCAGGGUGAGGGAGUGCAGAAAGUGAAGCCUGAUUGGACUAUCAUUUUGGCAUAUGAACACAAGUUGCGCAAAGAAGCUUUCAAACUUGUCAUUCGUGAAGGCUACACAUUGGCCGAGGCCCUUGGUUCUGUGAUCAAAGAUGCUGACCUGAAGGAGACGUACUUCACCACACCGGUUGCACUUCGAGCUGCGAUGUCCGUUGAGAGGCACCCGCCAAACAAAUUCCAGCGUUCAUCUUACAAGGGUUUUGGCGACUUCAAAGGUGAUUGGAAGGGCAAAGGCAAGUCUUGGAAAGGGGGGAAAGGUGACAAAGGUGGGAAAGGUAGCAAGGGUGAGGUCAAAGUCAUGUAUUUAUUUGCUGGGAAGAAGCGCCAGGCUGGCAACAGUAAGGGUGAGGGCAAAGACCUGGGCACGACUGAGGGUGGUCCUCCUUGCCCGAACUUUUCCAUGGUCAACCAAACUCAAAAACCCAUUGUUGAUUUGACUUCGGGUGAGCCCGUACGCGAGCCUUCAGUUGAGAGCAUUCGUCCUUUGACGCAAGCAGAUGAAGUUGAAGCUUUCGACAUGGUAUCCUGUUUGAACUCUGGUCACCCGAUCAGGGUCGAGUGGGACACGUUUGAGCGUGACUUCAUAGAUGGAUUUGGGCUUUGGUCACCCACAAGAUGGCCUCCGGCUGCAAGGGGUGUAAGGCGCUCUGUGGCAAUGAAACGUUUGGCAUUUGAGACCUUUUCUCUUCUUGCUGACACCGUGCGGCAGUGCAUACCGGAUGUUAGGUCCGCGGCCUUUGCAUUAGUGACUGGCAAGUUUCAGGCCUCACCAUUCGUCGGCGAACCUUUGGAAAGCUUGCGAACUCAGUGGGCAGGACUCCUGCGAGAUCCUGCUGAUGCUUUGGUGAUUGAUAGUGGUCAGCCGUUUUUACUACGGGGCAUGGCACAGUGGCUCACUGUUUUCGAGGAUCCGGAUGUUGGUUGGCUCGUCGACGCUGAAGAUUGUUUUGCCACGGGAGUCCCACUAGGUGUUGAUGCACCCUUGCCUCGGUCCCCGCAGGUGUUUCCGGAGAAAGUUAAGCACAGAAAGCUUGUUGAUUCCGAUUUCAACCCAGUUGCAUCGAACUAUCCUUCGGCUCAGCUGUCUACUGCCGAAUUGGAGUCGAAGUUUCGAGAGGAGGAACUGGCGGGGCGCAUGUACCCCACACGGUACUCAGUCUUGAAGGAGGAGUUCGGUGAAGAACGCAUUCGGAUUGCAUCGAUGGCUGCCAUAACCAAGCCUGAUGGGUCGAUCAGACCACUACACGAUGGGACUCAUUCGGUGCAGGUCAACAACCGCAUCGUGUACAGAGACCAGAUCCAGUGCCCCGGCCCACCUGAGGUGGCUUCAGUGGUGAGGGAGUCUGUUGAGACUCGCGAG